CCUUAGGGCGUCCACUGGCAUUGAGGUCGGCGGAAGAGUAAUUGGAACCUGCCUCGCUGACGUCAGCGAGCUCCUUUUCACUCCAGUUUGGCAAGAGUCCCGCAUGACCUCCUCACGACCGGACUAUAUAAGCUGGGAUGGUAUUUCUUCUGAUCCAAUGUACAACUUUUUGCUUCAUUAUCCCUUCCAGUGAGCUGUACAUAGGUAACACUUGGUAAAUUAUUUCUUGACCUGAUACGUUUCAAAAAUCUCAAAUACAAAUUAAUGUGGUUCUCUUCGGGUCAUCCAGUGGAUACACAAUUAAUCCUUUCAGUGUUGGAGAGUUUGUAAUAAGUAAUUGUUUGCUGUUUCUAAUUAAUUGGUUUUUUACUUGUUUCUUAAUUGUUAUUUUCUCACGUGUCAAUUAUAAAAAAAAGAAUUUUAAAUGGGACUUUAAAAAAUAAUGUAUUUAAAAAAUCGUGAUAUAAGUUUAUUUAUUAUUUCGAAAGAACGGAUUAUUUUUGCUUGGCUAUACUUUCAAUCUAUUAUUGAAAAAGAAAUGUUACCUCGUUUAGGUUUUGGAGCCUUCUAUUGUUAAAUUUACUUCUUUACAGCAAAGGUGGCAGGUAAAAAAACAACAACAAAAAAAACAAAAAAAAAAGAAAAAAAAAACAAAAAAUCUCGAUUCGUAUUGUCGUAACUAUAGGCUCUGUCGUUUUAAUAAAUUAUUUAUACUCUUACUAAAAAAGUAGAGUAAAACUAAUAGUACAUGUUUUUACUAGUUACAUCAAAUAAAACAUAGCUUCGCGUUAAACUAUCGAUUAGUUUAUAUUUGCCGCGAUGAUGUCUCUCUAAGAUGGUACCAAUAAGAUAUGCACACAUGGAGUCCGUCCGUCUCCUCGAGGCGGUGUUAUAGCUCUAGAGCAGGCCUGCACAACUCAACAAGUAAGGCGGGCCGUAAUACUUUAUGAAAACUUGCGCGGGCCAAAAGAAAAUAGGAAAGGGGGGGGGGAAAGCUAUUAAGAAAAUAAUCAGAAUAAAUAAUAUUUCGUUACUUCGUGGCCGCAAAGUGGGUGCUGGCGGGCCACAUGCAGCCCGCGGGCCGUAUGUUGUGCAGGCCUGCUAUAGAGACUUCCUUAAAAGGAGUACGAGGUCGAUCCUGCCAUAGCCUCGGCUGCUUUUCCCGACUCCUGGAUAAAUAUUGCCUUCCGAUCUUAAUGUGAUUUUAAAAAAAACAACAUCAAAAACAAGCUAUGCGAAGACUAAUACACCUUACAUUGGCUAAUUGCAGUGUUCGAUUAUUCGAAACAAAUGUAAACCUCAAAGUUUCAUAUGGAAUGUCACUGAAAAAAUAAAUCAUAUAUAACAGAAGUCGUAAUAAGAACAACUUUAUUAUGUCAAAGAUAUGUACAAAAGAGGUUACAUCUAAUGCGAGAAAUCGACAUUCUCUUAUUUGCAUCAAGGUCAUAGAAAUUUGUCUCUUGCCUUUCAGUCAUCACAUAAUCUUGCCUUCCAAUCAACAUAGAAUCUUGUCUUCCAAAAAUUAAAGAAUCCUGCCAAUCACCACAUUAUUUUGUCUUCGAAUCAACAAAGAAUCUUGCAUUCAAAUCAUCACAUAAUCUUGCCUUUCAAUCAUCACAUAAUCUUGCCUUCCAAUCGUCACCUAAUCUUGCCUUCCAAUCAACAAAGAAUCUUGAAUUUAAAUCAUAAAAUAAUCUUGCCUUUCAAUCACCACACAAUCUUGUCUUUCAACCAUCACAUAAUCUUGGCUUCCAAACAUGUUAGAAUCCUGCCUUCCAAUCAUCACAGAAUCUUGCCUUUCAAUUAUCACAGAUUCUUGCCUUCUAAUCAUCACAUAAUAUUGCCUUCCAAUCAUCACAGAAUCUUGCCUUUCAAUCAUCACAGAAUUUUGCCUUCCAAUCAUCACAUAAUCUUGCCUUCCAAUCAUCACAUAAUCUUUCCUUCCAAUAAUCACAAUAUCUUGCCUUUCAAUCAUCACAAAUCGCACAGUUGAAACUUGACCUUAUAAUAACUUUACGUAAAUUACUCCCUAAACAAUUUAUCUUAAUUUAAUCUAUUUUUAGACCACUAUACGACAAUGACUAACUUCACCUUGACCCUGGCCGGGACUCUUCUGCUCGUCCUCUCCGCCGGAGCCCGGCCACAGGGCGACGGUGCAAUCAAACGCCAGGGUGAGGACCCCGGAGAGCCCGAAGACGUCGAUGUCGUGAGAACCAUCGUCACACGGGCUACCGUGACCACAGCUGGACCGAACGUAACCACGUCAUCUGCGCCAUCUAACCCCGAGGCAACCACCAACACCUCUGGCAACCAAGGAGCCACCGACAAGCCAAAUGAUAUGACUACCGCCGUGGUCAACCAAGAUACCGCCAGCUUAACCUCUGCUGACCAGCCAACCACUGCACCUGUCGCAAGCCAAGGGGCCGCUUCCGCGCCGCCCAAUCAAGAAACGACCGCAGACCCAGCAACAACGGCCCCGUCAGUUAAUGCCACGGCCGUCAGUGAAGUAUCGGACAUUCCCACAACCGCUUCCGUGUCCGUGGCAGCUGAUAGGACCACACAAGUGCCAUUGAGGAGAUAGACAUUCUCUGGGGAGAACUAGCUCAAACUGUUUUUAUUUAAAAGCAUAUUAUGGCCUCUCAAAGGUAGACUGAGUGAGUCAACCAAUGCAAGUAUGGGUGUGUGUGCUUGUGUGGGUGGGUGCCUGUAUAAGUCUGUGCAUGUUUGGGCGUGAGUGUAUGUGUGUGUGUGUGUGAGAGAGAGAGAGAGAGAGAGAGAGAGAGAGCGAGAGGGUGGGGGGAUUUAAAAAUAAGAAAAAUAAACACUCACAUUUGUAAAAAUGUUUCUUUUUAAUAACACUUGUAAUGAGUACAUAUGAAUGGAAAUGUAAUAUAGAGUGGGUAAUCAAAGAGAGGUAAACUAAUCUUAAAAUUUAAUAAAACUAUUAGAGUUACUUCCCCUCGCAGGACUUUAAAUUUUUCAAUUCAAAUGCUGUAAACAAUCAUGUAACGCGAAAGGUGUGAUUUUUUUUUUUUUAAAUCCACAACAUUGAAAUUAUUUCUAUUCGCAAAAUUGUAUUAAGCCCCUAAUUGUAUGUGGCUACUAAAUGUAUGUGGCCACUAAAGGUAUGAGGCACCUUAUUACUCUGAUGAAGCCAUAUGCCAAAUGUGAUGAUUUUUUAAUUUCACUACACAGACUGAUUUAUGUUUCGAAAUCUCCCCAUCUGUUGUGGAUGAAACAAAAUGUAGCCGUGAUUUUUUUAUAAAGAAUUUAUGAUUUUAUGAACAAACACUAUUUUCCUUCAUUACAUGAUUUUAUUUUAAUGAAUACAGUAAUAAACCAUAAAUUCAAAAAAAAAAAAAAAAAAGAAAUACGCU